AUGCCUGAUGGGACGGAAAGGCCAAUCGCAUUUUCCUCGAGAACCCUUAAAACGGCAGAAAAGAACUACUCACAAAUUGACAAAGAGGCCCUAGCCAUUAUCUGGGGAGUACAGAAGUUCUACGCUUAUUUAUAUGGCCGACAUUUCAGACUUAUAACGGACCAUCAACCAUUGACGCAGAUCUUCUCGCCAAUGAAGGGUAUACCUGCAAUGCAAGCAGCACGUCUCCAACGCUAUGCUCUCUUUCUCUCCGGCAUGGACUACGACAUAGUGUAUAAGAGGUCAGAAGACAACGGCAAUGCUGACAGUUUGUCACGGUUACCUCUACCGGAUGUUCCACCGGAGGGCCCAGAUGAAGCUGAGCUUUACCAUUUAAGCCAAUUUGAGCAACUUCCUGUUACUCAUUCAACACUGCGAGACGCAACCCGACGAGAUGUUAUUCUGUCCAAGAUAUAUUGGAAUGUCAUGAAUGGCUGGGACAGUUCUAACUCGGACGAAGAUCUUGUGCCUUACAUCCGACGCAAAGAUGAACUAUCUGUGCAACAAGGAGUUCUAACAUGGGGCACUCGCACCGUCAUUCCCGCGAAACUCGUACAGUCAAUUCUUGACGAACUUCACCGUGGUCACAUGGGAAUCGUUAAAAUGAAAGCUUUGGCACGAUCCUACGUAUGGUGGCCAAACAUCGAUCAUGACAUCGAAGCUGUUGCAAAGAAUUGCGAAGGUUGUCUGAAGAACCAAAAUGAGCCACCUAAGGCUCCAUAUCAUCCGUGGGAAAUUCCUAACGGACCAUGGAAACGAGUCCACUUGGACUUCGCCGGGCCAUUCCAAGAUAAAAUGUUCCUGGUAGUUGUGGACGCCUUCUCCAAAUGGCCUGAAGUAAUCGUCAUGAGCUCUACUACUGCUUCUCACACUGUAGAUGUCCUACGGACGAUCUUUGCCAGAAACGGCAUACCCGAACGUAUCGUCACUGACAAUGGACCACAGUUCACAUCAAGCGUGUUCAUGGAGUUCAUGAGGAACAAUGGAAUUCAACAUUCCUUGACAGCACCAUACCACCCAGCAACCAAUGGACUUGCUGAGCGUUUUGUCCAGACACUCAAAUCAAGCCUGAAAUCUAUGCAGGGGGAAGGGAGUAUCCACGAGAAUCUCGCAAAGUUCCUUAUUGCAUAUCGCACUUGCCCCCACACAACGACUGGAGAAACUCCGUCUAAACUCUUCCUGGGACGCGAAAUUCGCACCCGCCGGUCACUUAUCAGGACAAGUGUUCAAGACAGUAUACGAGACAAGCAAGAUAAAUUGUUCGAGCGGAACCAUGGAAGAGAACGUUACUUUGAACCGGGACAACAUGUUUCUGUUCGUGACUACAGAGGAACCGAUAAGUGGACCACUGGUCUUGUCCUCAGACGCCACGGACCAUUGUCCUAUGAAGUAAAGGUUGGUGACAAAGUCUGGCGCCGGCACAUCGACCAGCUGAAACCGGGUGCCUGCGAACGUCAAAACGCUCGAGAAGAAAACCGCGGACCAACUUCAAAUGACUCUGGUGUUCCAGAGCCCAUGGUAGCGGAUCGACCACACCAACCAGAAGCAGAAGAUACUCCUCCGAGCGAGUUGCACACGACUCCUGAGAAUGUGCACGCUCCGAAUACAGCAGUCCUUGAUCUAGGAAAUGGGAAUGCACAAGUCGCAAAGACGCCCCGUCCCCAACGAAAAAGAAGACCUCCGGAAAGGCUGAUUGUGGGACUGGGCUAA